UUUGUCCAAUCGCAGCCACUCUUCUGUCGCACUGUCGAUGAGCUCGGCGGCUGCAGAGGGCGUCUUUGGAAGUCGCAUUCUUGCGCAGGCGCAGGCGCAGCCUCUGCGUGGGUCUUCUUCCUCCCUGCCUGCCGCUCGGGCUCUCGCUGCUGCUCCGCGGUAGUCAUCAUGGCGCUGCUGCUGGGCGAGAUGGUGGCGGCGGCUGCGGCUCCUGCCGGCGGCGGCGGCGGCGGGGGGAGCCGCUUGAGGCGGCAGCUGGAGUCGAGCAGCUACGCGGCCGAGGAGUACGUGAAGGUGCUGUCGCAGCAGUCGGACGGCGACCGGGACCUGCAGGAGCACCGGCAGCGCAUCCAGGCGCUGAGCGAGGAGACGGCGCAGAGCCUCAAGCGCAACGUCUACCAGAACUACCGGCAGUUCAUCGAGACGGCCCGCGAGAUCAGCUACCUGGAGAGCGAGAUGUACCAGCUGAGCCACAUCCUCACCGAGCAGAAGGGCAUCCUGGAGACCGUCACCCAGGCCCUCCAGCUGCAGCAGCAGCACCAGGCCGGCGCCGCCGCCGCCGCCGAUGAGCCGGCCCUGCUGGGGGGCGCCCGCGGCCGGGCUGCCGCCGCCACCGCCGACCCCUUCCUGCUGCCCCUCUCGGCCAGGGACGCCGCCGCCGCCGCCGCCCAGGAGGAGGGCGGCCAGCGGAGCCUCACCACGCUGCUGGAGAAGGUGGAGGGCUGCCGCGACCUGCUGCCCGAGAGCCCUGGCAAGUACCUGGUCUACAACGGGGACCUGGUGGAGUACGACGCCGACCACAUGGGGCAGGUGCAGCGGGUGCACGCCUUCCUGCUGAACGACUGCCUGCUGGUGGCCGCCUGGCUGCCCAACCGGCGGGGCGCCUACCGCUACGACGCCCUCUACCCGCUCGACGGGCUGGCCGUGGUCAACGUGAAGGACAACCCGCCCAUGAAGGACAUGUUCAAGCUGCUCAUGUUCCCCGAGAGCCGCAUCUUCCAGGCCGAGAACGCCAAGAUCAAGAAGGAGUGGCUGGAAGUGCUGGAGGAGACCAAGCGCGGCAGCCGCCUGCUCAGCGAGAAGCGGCGGCUGCGGGAGCAGGAGCAGGCGCCCCCCGCCGCGCCCCCUCUUCCUCGGGCGGAGGCGGCGGCCCGCAAUCCUUUCGAGGAGGAGGACGAGGAGGAGCCCGCCGGCCCGGAGGCGGCUGGCGGGGUGGAGGUGGACCUCUCCCUCGAGUGGAUCCAGGAGCUCCCCGAAGACCUGGACGUCUGCAUCGCUCAGAGGGACUUCGAAGGGGCCGUGGACUUGCUGGCGAAGCUGAACGAGUAUCUGGCCGAGCAGCCGGCGACUGCGCCCGUCAAGGAGCUGCGCGCCAAGGUGGAGGGCCGCGUCCGGCAGCUCACCGAGGUGCUGGUGUUCGAGCUGAGCCCCGAUCGGUCCCUUCGCGGCGGGCCCAGAGCCACCCGCCGGGCGGUGUCUCAGCUCAUUCGCCUGGGCCAGUCGACCAAGGCGUGCGAGCUGUUCCUGCGCAACCGGGAAGCCGCCGUGCGCACAGCCACCCGCCAGCUGCGCAUCGAGGGCGCCACUCUGCUGUACAUCCACAAGCUCUGCCACGUCUUCUUCACCAGCCUGCUGGAGACGGCCCGCGAGUUUGAGACGGACUUCGCGGGCCACAGUGGCUGCUACUCCGCCUUCGUGGUCUGGGCCCGGACGGCGCUGCAGAUGUUCGUCGAUGCCUUCAGCAAGCAGGUCUUUGACAGCAAGGAGAGCUUGUCUACUGCUGCCGAGUGUGUAAAGGUGGCAAAGGAACACUGCAAGCAGCUCAGCGAGAUUGGUCUGGACCUGACCUUCAUCAUUCAUGCCCUGCUAGUGAAGGAUAUCAAAGGUGCUUUGCAAAGCUACAAGGAUAUCAUCAUUGAGGCCACGAAGCAUCGCAACUCUGAGGAGAUGUGGAGGAGAAUGAACCUGAUGACCCCAGAAGCUCUAGGCAGACUUAGAGAGGAGAUGAGGAGCUGUGGUGUGACCACUUUUGAGCAGUACACGGGCGAUGACUGUUGGGUGAAUCUCAGCUACACUGUGGUGGCCUUCACCAAACAGACGAUGGCCUUUUUGGAGGAAGCUCUCAAACUGUACUUCCCAGAGCUCCAUAUGGUCCUGCUGGAAAGCCUAGUAGAGAUCAUCCUUGUGGCUGUCCAGCAUGUUGAUUACAGCUUACGGUGCGAACAGGACCCUGAGAAGAAAGCAUUUAUCCGGCAGAAUGCAUCUUUCCUGUAUGAAACUGUCCUUCCUGUCGUGGAGAAGAGGUUUGAGGAAGGCGUUGGAAAGCCAGCAAAGCAACUGCAAGAGCUGAGGAAUGCUUCAAGACUCAUGCGUGUUAAUCCUGAAAGUACCACCUCCGUGGUGUGAAAUGCAAUGCCUUGGUUCUUUUCAUAGAAAAUGUUGUGUAUACUGUAUACCUAAUAUAUGUAUGUAUGCAUAUAUGUCUGUUUUCCAAAUCUCUGAUACCAACAGAGUCCAUUAAUACUCACUUUAGCUAAUUAUGACUUGCAAGUAAAUUGGAGGGCAAAGAAAAAGGGAUAAAAAUAAAAGCAAGUACUGUAGUUGGGAAGCCACAUACAGCAGAGUCUCUGUGAAGGUCUGGUUGUGGCAUUCUAGGUUAAGGAGAUUACCUGGGGCUGCUAAUGAAAUAUUCACAAAUCUCAUUAAUAUGAUAAAGAAUACUUUUAACAAGAGUUAGCUGGCUUUUCAGAAAAAUAAAUGACAGGAUAUCUCCGGUGGUUCUGUUUACUGAAAAGUUAGAACAUGCAGCAGUUGUAGGGAAAAUAAAAGACAGUCUUGAAAAAAGACUGUAAACUGCAAGUGUCAGAAAGAUCUGGCUUAAACAUUAUUUUGCAAGUUAAAACCUGACACGAACAUGGAAUACCCUGUUCUACUAAUAGCAAUUCUAGCAUGUAUUACCACUUCUUAUCAAGGACAAAUACUGUUAGAAUUGUAAGGCACAUGAAUCAAAUAUGUUUUCUGCCUGAUUUGAGGUAGAUGAGAAUUACAUUGAAUGAAUGCAAGUGAAAAGGGGCUGAGGGUGUGUUUGUGUACACAAGAAAGUGAUGUAGCCACUUGGAUAUUUCAUUGCAGCUUUGCCACAGCAGUCUCUGUAAUCAAAGAUCCAAAAAUUUGCUAUUAUAUCCUAAAAGCAGCAUUGAGCUGUGGGAGGUGCUGUGUUAGAAAGUACAGAAGACAUGACUGCCUUCACAGUUCUGUUGCACACAUCUUUGGACUACAACCAGUGGUACUAAUUGAAGGAAGAGUAUAUAACUGCAAAAUUGUUUGCUUACGUAAGCAUCAAGGAAUGAUAGCUUGAAAACAUCUGUGAGGGUAGUUUUACAUACUGCCUAAUCAGCCUAAUAGAGGAACUCCAGGGAUCUUUUAUAACUAACUAGCAGCUUUGGGCUUACUACAAAUGGGAACUAGGCUUUGGGGAAUAGAGGCACACGUGGGGUGAAGGAGUAAACAUGAAAAGAACUACGCUAUGUCAAGGCCUAACCACAGCACCCCUACCUUUAGCUCUGCAUAAAGGUGCAAUGUUGGUAGAGGGUGUUCUUUUCUUUUAAAAGUAAGUUGGGCUGUCUGCAAGCCUCAUCCUGCCUACUAGAGGAUGAAAUUCCUACCAUGCUGCAGUACUAUUGCAUUGUACCCGAUAUGUUGUCAUUGUACCAGAAUUAAUGACACCGAGGGGCAUCUUCCAGUUGGUUAUAAAAAGAGCCUUCUGGCCAGUGUUCUUCAACAAACUGUAAAAUGAAAUGUGUGGCUUAUUGGCUGGAAGUGUUAACAGCCUUAAUUCACAACUGUGGUCUUUAGAAACUGUGGAAAUAUUUUACCCCUGCUCGUGAGAAUUAGCUUCACCUUCAAAACGGCUGCAGAUAGAAUUAACUCUGAACAGAGUACAAACAAGUUGCCCCAGAACAAAGAGAUGGGAAAUCUCUCUGUCUCUCUCUCUCCCUCUCUUGUCCCAAAUUCCACAAAUGUUUGGUCGAAACAGCUGUUUGUGGGGCGAAUUGCAUCUUCCUAGAAGUCGGAAGAUUUUCUCCCUUGCUGGCCGUGGCUCAAAAGCAACCAUGCUCCCCAAAGUAGCUGAGUUUGUCCAUCUUUGCCCUCCAAAGGAAAAUGCUUUAGGGCAGUGGUUCCCAAACUGGGAGCCUCCAGAUGUUGAUGAACUACAGCUCCCAUCAUCCCCAGCCACAAUACAUUGUAGCCUGGGCUGAUGGGAGUUAUAGUUCAGCAACAUCUGGAGGCUCCCAGUCUGGGAACCCCUGCUUUAGGGAUGGGAACCACAUCACUCGCAUGUGCACUGAUGGAAUAUGUACGUUUGCACUAAAGGAGAUUGGGUGGAAGCAGGAAUGGCCCUUCAACGGCCUAAGUGGUCCUACCAUUUAAGUCAUGGACAAGUGUCUCAUCGGGAGGCUGCUUGAGAUGGGCCUAGAAAAUUAUGUUUAGUGGGUGGCUUUGUAUAGCUGAACAACACUAAAUAGUUUGUGUGUUUUGUAAUUCAUGGUUUUAUUUAGGUCAUGCCUGAGAAUGUAUGGAGGCCAAAUUCUUUAUGAAUGAGAACAAUGAUAUAUGCUUAAACUUGCAGACAGCCUUUGUAUGUUUGCUCAAAUAACUAUGGAUUAAAAUAAGUGUGUCCUGAAAAUAUUUUUAAAUGAUGCUUUUGUUUGUCUAAGUCUGUGCAUGUGAGAAUGAGCCUUAAAAGUUUUUAUUAUUAUUUUUAUUUAAUCAGGUGCAGUGAUGUAGCUUUUUUCAUUAAACCUGAUUUUUAAAUCAGA